GUUCGUCUUUCCUGAAGAAAGUCACACAAUAUUUUUUUGAGUUAUAAAAUUUGUUGUUUUGUCAUGUUUUCUACAAAUUGCACAAAUAUAUGCCGAUUGGCUUUACGGCGGAACAAUAUAGGACACUUACAGAAAAUAAAACGUGUAAUACCCUGCCGGAAAUAUGCGUCAAACAUGGCUGAAUCUGAUUAUUCCGGACGAGGGCAAGCAGAAAUUGUUGAAAAUGUCAAACCAGUCACAAAUGUCCCAUUUGCAAAACAGUUGUUCUUAGGUAAAUUCGAAAAGGAUAUGCUUGUGUUCCCAGAGAUUGAGAGCAAUGAUGAACUGAACCAUCUGAAUGCAAUGGCUGAUCAGCUGGAUAAAUUCUUUCUUGAAGAUGUGGACUCUAAGGCUAUUGAUGUGAAUGCCAAAAUACCAGAUGAAACUUUCCAACAAAUGAAAGAUUUUGGUCUCUUUGGAAUGCAAGUACCAGAAGACUAUGGUGGUUUAGGGCUGAAUGCUACUGCGUAUGCCAGGCUUACGGAAUGUAUAUCUACCGAUGGCGCUAUAGCUGUCACCCUUGCAGCUCAUCAGGCUAUUGGAUUUAAGGGUAUCUUAAUUGCUGGAACAGAUGCACAAAAGGAUAAAUAUUUACCAAAGUUGGCCUCAGGGGAACACAUUGCAGCAUUCUGCCUUACAGAACCAUCAAGUGGGAGUGAUGCAGCUUCAAUACAAACCAGAGCGACUUUGUCAGAGGAUGGAAAAACAUAUCUUUUAAAUGGUGGAAAAAUAUGGAUUUCAAAUGGGGGCAUUGCAGAUGUAUUCACUGUUUUUGCCAAAACUCCAGUGACAAAUGAUAUGGGUGAAACAAAAGAUAAGGUUACAGCAUUCAUUGUUGAAAGGAAAUUUGGUGGAAUUACAAAUGGGAGACCAGAAGAUAAACUUGGUAUCAGAGGAUCAAACACAUGUGAGGUUCACUUUGAGAACACCCCUAUCCCUGUAGAGAAUGUAUUAGGACAACCUGGGGAUGGUUUCAAGAUUGCAAUGAACAUACUAAACAGUGGUAGGUUUAGUAUGGGGGCUGCUGGGGCAGGCAUGUUAAAGAAACUGAUAGGUUGGGUCAGUGAACAUAUAACAACUAGAUCUCAGUUUGGCAAGAAACUAUCAGAGUUCGGCUUAAUACAGGAGAAAUUGGCCAAUGUGGCUAUGACCACCUACGUCAUGGAGAGCAUGGCAUACAUGACUGCUGGCCAGUUGGAUCAGUAUCAAAACCCAGAUCUUGCUGUGGAAGCUGCAAUGGUGAAGGUAUUUGCCUCAGAAGGUUGCUGGUACAGUAUUAAUGAAGCAAUGCAGAUGUUUGGGGGCAUGAGCUAUAUGAAAGACUAUCCCUAUGAGAGAUACCUGAGAGAUGCAAGGAUCCUACUCAUAUUUGAGGGCACAAAUGAGAUCCUGAGACUGUUUAUUGCACUGAAUGGUGUUCAGACAGCUGGUAAAGAACUGACUGACGCAGUCAGGAAGAUGCGUGAUCCAUUGAAUAAUUUAGGCUUCCUUAUGUCAAAGGGUAUCUCCAGGAUGGGUAAAUCUCCAAGACUUACAAUGGAACUAAAGGAAUGUGUCCACCCAGUUUUAGCUGAUCCUGUUGAAGAUCUAGAGAGAAAUGUUCUCCUGUUCCAGAGGGUCAUUGAAGAUUGCUUACAGAGACAUGGAAAGGAUAUUAUUGACCAGCAGUUAAUCCUGAAAAGAUUGGCAGACAUUGCAAUAGAUUUGUAUGCAUGUACUGCAGUUAUAUCCAGAGCCUCAAGGUCUAAAUCUAUAGGACUACGGAACUGUGAUCAUGAGGUGCUGAUGACACAAACAUUCACAUGGGAAGCAAACCGUAGAAUAAACCAGACAAUCAAAGACAUUCAACUGAAUCUUACUAUAUCUCAUAAUCAAGAUGAGUACAAGACAAGGAUAGCAAAGACUAUAGCUAAGAACAAUGGUUGGGCUGCUGAGCAUCCAUUGGCAAGAAACUGGUAGUUGCUGCCUAGUGUCCACUUGCAGUUUAGAGCAUCUUGGCAAACUACCUAUAAAGGGGUUAGCCAUUAGAUCUUGGAGAACCAAACCUUUAUAUAAAAAUAACCUGAAUAUAAAAAUAUUUGGGUUCUUUGAUAAAAAGGCUGGUGUGUGUUAGUUCUUGUAUUAUAUACAUGUUUGGUAUGAUAAAAUUAUAUGUUGAGACAUUUAUAUAUAAUUUAUAAAACAUGGGAGAUAGCGUAGAUUAUGGUUCUUCAAGGUCUUAUGGGCUCACUCUAUACCUCUCCUAGAUGCCAUCAUUCAAUCUAGAACCAUCGACUUACAGCCUUACAUCUGAUCUGACGAAUUAUUCUGGUCUGAUAAUACAAACAUUCAUCUUCCAAUGCUGGAUCAAUGGUAGAAAGAUAUAUAUCUAAAAGUGAAUGAUUCUUCCACACAAACAGCAUCACAGAUUAACAGCCAUCUGAGAAUGAAAUAUUUCAAGUACAAUAUCCUUCAGAAAUGUUGAUGUCAUAGUACCACAAAAGGCAAGUAGCUAAAAGAAGACAAUUUCAAUCAAGUGUCAUAGUUUGUUUCAUGUUUUAAAACACCUUUCUUUAAAAGGUAACGCAUUAGUGAAGUAACUUUUUGUGGCCUGUUACCAUAAUAACAGUGUUUUGUGUCAGAUAAAUUGAUUGGUGAGAUGCACUUAACUCAUUAAAACCAAAGAAUUGACU